GCUGGCGCCGAGAGCCGCACGCCACGCUUCUCGCUCCGGAUCCCUCUCUGCUCCCUGCACACGCACACCUGCCAGCCCGAUCUGCGCCCACCAUGGCCGAUAUUCAAACCCUGGUGGGAAGAUGGCGCCUAGUGGAGAGCCAAGGCUUUGAUGAAUACAUGAAGGAACUCGGAGUGGGACUGGCCCUGAGAAAAAUGGGCGGAAUGGCCAAGCCAGAUUGUAUCAUCUCCUAUGAUGGCAAGAACCUCACCGUAAAAACUGAGAGCACUUUGAAAACAACACAGUUUACUUGUGUCCUGGGAGAGAAGUUUGAAGAAACUACAGCUGAUGGCAGAAAAACUCAGACUGUCUGCACCCUCACAGACAACGGAUUGGUUCAACAUCAGGAGUGGGACGGGAAGGAGAGCACAAUAACCCGGAAAGUGCAGGAUGGGAAACUUCUGGUGGACUGCAUCAUGAAUAAUGUCACCUGUCAUCGGGUCUAUGAGAAAGCAGAAUAAAAAUUCCAUCAUUGCCUCAGACAGGAAUUAGCUGCAAAGAUGAACAAGCUCAGUUCAAUGAGCAAAUCUCCACACUGCUUUUUUUUUUCAUGACUAUGUUCAAUUAUCUUUAUCACAAGCAUUUUACAGGAAACUAUUCCAAAAGUGUUGAUUAAAUUAGAAUCAUCCCUUUGGGUAGUCAAUAAAAUGUGUUUGUGCUAA